AUGAGCGCCAUAGAAGCUCUAUACAUCUUUGAUGAGCACAACACACCCCUCCUCGAACACACCUACACCGGCCGCCCACCCCCUGGCAGCACCGUCCUACCUCUCUACCUCUCUCACCCGUCCCCGCGGCCCUCCCUAAUAUACCUCCCAAACACGAAUCCCGCGACGCUCCUCUACUCCAUAAUCCAAGACCAACUGCUCUUCCUCUGCCCUUGCUCCUCCGACACCGAGCCCCUCCAAGUCCUCGAAUUCCUUCACCGUGUCGCCGAUGCACUAGAAGACUUCCUCGGCUCGCCACUCCUCGCGAGCAGGAUCGAGAGCAACUACGAUGUGGUGGCACAGCUGCUGAGCGAAAUGGUGGAUGGCGGGGUGAUAUCUUGCACAGAGCCGAAUGCGCUGAAGGAUGUAGUGGAGGCGCCUAGUUUCAUGAAGAAUUUGCUGGGUGGUGUGGGACUACCAAGCACAACGCCGAGUAGUUUGACUCCAGGUGCAACGCCGUUUUCGCUGGGCUCUGGGAGGAGUCCACGGUUGGGGCCAAGCGGGAAUACACAGGGGACAUCGCCUGUGCCGUGGCGGAAGGCGAAUGUACGGCAUACGUCGAACGAGCUGUAUGUGGAUAUAGUGGAGACUCUACAGGUCACGCUUUCACCUUCAGGUCGGCCACUCUCCGCAAUAGCGAACGGGACAAUAGCUUUCACAGCGAAAGUAUCUGGCGUGCCCGACCUGCUGCUACAACUCGGAUGUCCGGGCGGGAUAUCCAACUCUGUUUCUCUGCCUGUGUUCCAUCCUUGCGUCAGAUUGAACAGAUGGAAGGAACGGCCUAGCGAGCUCUCCUUUGUGCCGCCUGACGGACGCUUUGUGCUGGCGGGCUACGAGGUUGAUCUCCUUGGACCCGCGGCACUCGACUCAUUCUCCACAUCGACGACAGCGAAGUCAGCGCCCAAGCUCAAUAUCCCGGCCACAGUAUCUGUGCAGCCAUCUCUGGGUCCAACAGGCUCCGAUUUCGAGGUACGCUUACAACUGAACCCACGCUUCGCAGGCAAAUCAUCGAGUCCGCUUCCCAGCGCAACAGGGUCCUCAUUCCCAGGAAGAGGCGGGCUCGGACGUGGACUUGGCGGUCACCCCCAAGGCACGACAGCUGCGCCAAGCAUCGAGGAGAUGGUCGUUCAUAUCCCACUUCCUGCAAGUGUAAAGAACGUCAUGGAUCUGCGGGUAGUACGAGGAGCGGGCGACGCGGGCUAUGCACCAGGAGAUCGGAGUAUCGAAUGGAGAAUCAGCAGCAGAGAAGUCGGGAUGCUCAUUUCCAACGACCGUGGCGGCGGCAUCGGCGCCACAGCGACAUUGCGAGGUACUGUCAUUGGGCAAGACGAAGACGAAGGCCUUGAAGGUGGCGCCGUCUCACUAUCCAGCAACACAUACGACUACGACGACGACCAAACAUCAUCUUACCAGUCUCCAUCCGAAGCCCCAUCGAAAACAAAAGACGAAGGAUCAGAUGCCCGAAAGGUCAAGCAGAACAAGGUCCUCAUGCCAUCCUGUGCGACGGUGAGCUUCUCGGUGAAAGGUUGGCUCCCCAGCGGGAUCAAAGUAGAGAGCUUAACGGUUGAUCAGAAGAGGAGCAAGGGACUGGGCGCGGGUAUCACGCCGUAUAAGGGCGUAAAGUAUGUGUGUGUUAGUCGGAAUGGGGUAGAGAGUAGGUGCUAG